UCUCACUAUCCUUUCUCGAUCUUGUUCCUUGCAACCACCGUCGGUCGCGCCCCACGCCCGCCCCACCACCCGCCCGCCGCGCCCGCCCCCACCCACCGUGGGCUUUCCCCGCACCGCCGACGCCCCCAUCCGCCAGUCGGCCGCCGCGCCCCCGCCCGCCGUGCCCCUCACCGCCCCGCCCCACCGCGCCCCUCGUCGGUUGGUGCUCGUGGCCAUGGCGGUGGCGAAGGUCAAAUCGGUCGCCGUCUCCGUUAGUCACAAGUGUCGGAAUAUCUUGGCCACCGGUUGGGAAGCGCACCUCAACACUGUCAAGGCUGACAACAAGGGAAGCAAGAAUGAGAUUUACACGUCGAGGGUGCACUACAUGAUCCAUAAGGGCACACCCUACUUGAUUGUCCCCGAGAACGACAUGCACAACAUUAACAUUAUAAUCGAUGAGCGGGGGUCUCUUGCAGUAUUCAGUCUGAUUCGUGACCGAGUUGCGAGCUUAUUGAAGCCAUCGAAGGAUGAGAUUGAAGCUGCUCGAAUGGCAGCGAUCAACAAGGAAAUUAAGCGUGUAUUGACUGAAGUCCUUUCGAAGGCUGGGCAAAAGGUUCGUGAAUAAAGUGAAAGGCGGCGAGCCUGCGACAGCAGGAACGUGAGCAAAUUGUAAUGAAGCGUAAGCAUGAAAUGGGAAUUGGCGACAAAAAUUCAAGAUGAAGCAAUCAAGUUUGGCAGAUCUUCAAGAAUAUAUUCUACUUGCUUAUAUGGAGGUGCUCCAAAAGGCCCUCAGCUAAGAGAGUUGGAGCGUGGUGUUGACAUUCUUGUCGCAACUCCUAGGAGAUUAAAUGACAUUUUGGAAAUCAAUAGAGUGAGCCUGCACCAAGUAUCAUAUCUUGUCCUUGAUGAAGCUGAUCGUAUGCUCAACAAAUAUCAUUUGUACAAGUAUAUUAGACCCCUCCAGCUACCUUGCCGACGCAUGAACGAGAAAACGGGUUAGACUUUGUCGAAGCCCUCUUCGCUAGUGGAGGUACCGACCAUCACUCGUCACUGUAACCCGAUGGUGAUCGGCGAUCGUGAGCUUCCAUGUUAUUGUGUUCUGAUACUUGAGACUUUUAUUAUGACUAUGUAUAAGAUAUUGUCUCUUAUUAGUACUGGA